AUACAUUGUCGAUACAUAUUUCCUGGUGAGUGUGAGGAUUAACGAUGGACCAAAACGACGAAAAUAAAGACGACUGUGAUGAAAGAGAUGCAACACGAAAUAUAAGCAAAACUGUAGAAAAAGACCAACUAACUUGUAAUACCGCAGAGCAAUCUGUACGUUAUCGUGUUAGGGGGGAAUUAAACAUUGGCAAGUGCAUUGGUGACAAUGACGAACAUGCAUCUCAAAAAUACCAGAACAACAGUACGGAUGACGGUAGGAUAACGGACGUGAGCAACAGUACCGAGGACGGUUGGACAUUGGAGGUGAACAACAGUACGGAGGACGGCAGGACAACGGAUGUGAACAACAGUACGGAGGACGGCAGGAUAACGGACGUGAACAACAGUACGGAGGACGGCAGGAUAACGGACGUGAACAACAGUACGGAGGACGGCAGGACAACGGACGUGAACAACAGUACGGAGGACGGCAGGACAACGGAUGUGAACAACAGUACGGAGGACGGUAGGACAACUGACGUGAACAACAGUACGGAGGACGGUAGGAUAACGGACGUGAACAACAGUACCGAGGACGGCAGGACAACGGACGGGAACAACAGUAGGGAGGACGGCAGGACAACGGACGUGAACAACAGUACGGAGGACGUUAGGACAACGGACGUGAACAACAGUACGGAGGACGGCAGGACAACGGAUGUGAACAACAGUACGGAGGACGGUAGGACAACUGACGUGAACAACAGUACGGAGGACGGUAGGACAACUGACGUGAACAACAGUACGGAGGACGGCAGGACAACGGACGUGAACAACAGUACGGAGGACGGCAGGACAACGGACGUGAACAACAGUACGGAGGACGGCAGGACAACUGACGUGAACAACAGUACGGAGGACGGUAGGACAACGGACGUGAACAACAGUACGGAUGACGGCAGGACAACGGACGUGAACAACAGUACGGAGGACGGUAGAACAACGGACGUGAACAACAGUACGGAGGACGGUAGGACAACUGACGUGAACAACAGUACGGAGGACGGUAGGACAACGGACGUGAACAACAGUACGGAGGACGGUAGGACAACGGACGUGAACAACAGUACGGAGGACGGUAGGAUAACUGACGUGAACAACAGUACGGAGGACGGUAGGACAACGGACGUGAACAACAGUACGGAGGACGGUAGGACAACGGACGUGAACAACAGUACGGAGGACGGUAGGACAACGGACGUGAACAACAGUACGGAGGACGGUAGGACAACGGACGUGAACAACAGUACGAAGGACGGUAGGACAACGGACGUGAACAACUGUACGGAGGACGGUAGGACAACGGACGUGAACAACAGUACGAAGGACGGUAGGAUAACGGACGUGAACAACAGUACGGAGGACGGUAGGACAACGGACGUGAACAACAGUACGGAGGGCGGUAGGACAACGGACGUGAACAACAGUACGGAGGACGGCAGGACACUGGAGGUGAACAACUGUAGGGAGGACGGUAGGACACUGGAUGUGAACAACAGUACUGAGGACGGUAGGACACUGGAGGUGAACAACAGUACGGAGGACGGCAGGACAACGGACGUGAACAACAGUACGGAGGACGGCAGGACACCAGAGGUGAACAACAGUACGGAGGACGGCAGGACACCAGAGGUGAACAACAGUACUGAGGACGGCAGGACACCAGAGGUGAACAACAGUACGGAGGACGGUAGGACACAAGAGGUGAACAACAGUACGGAGGACGGUAGGACAACGGACGUGAACAACAGUACUGAGGACGGCAGGAUAACGGACGCGAACAGCAGUACAGAAGUAUCGAGGUAUUCCGCUUCAAGUGGAAACUCAACGGACGAAGAGGAUUAUGAUGCAAGUCCAUCGAUACCUUCCGUAGGUAGCCAGAAUGAUGGAUUUCCCUGUAAAACGUGUCCGGCUAAGAACGAGGAGGAAGUGGAGGAGCCUUUAGAGGCAUUGAAGUCACUAUUUGUAUCAGAAGACGAUACCAACAAUGAGAACUCUUCUGAAAUAAUAAUCGAAGCCGCUGAAGAUCACGAGGAAGUGCGACAAUUGAUUAUACAAGACUACACUUCUGACGACAGAGAAUCUCUGAACGCUACAAUGGAACGUCUACCUGAUGAUAUAUGUCGAGUUAGCGAAUCAGGAAGUAGUUUGUGUGAAGAUGACAGCAAGGAAAUCGACAAACAGUUGCCGAUGUAUCGUACCAACAGCUCACGGAGAACUUUAAACCAGAGCGUUCGGACACAUGUCAUAUCACCAUCUAUACGUAAGCGGAUAUAUCGGCAUUCUUCCACAACAACGGCCGACAAAGUUUCUAAAAACGAUCUUGGUUGGAAAGUAUGUAGUCGAACCAAGUCAGAUUUGCCAUUACGUCCUACACCAGGUACAUGUAGCCGUUCAAUAGAUAAACAACAAAGAGAAUCUCCUGUACCCAGGACACAGCGCUGUAGAGUGUCUUCGUUUGUCAUUUGUACUCAUUGUGAGAACAGAAGCUUGGCGCGCUAUUCUUGUGAAGAUUGUUUCAUAAACUGCUGUUCGGAAUGCAUUUAUGCUCUUCAUCCUCGGCAGACACGAUAUAAGAAACAUGUUAUCCUGAAAGGACAUACUGUAUUGCAUUGUGAAGUCCACGACGAGCCAUUAGAUUGGUACUGUGUUACUUGUGACCAUCCGAUAUGUGCAGCAAGUUUAGCCUAUUCCGGUCACAUCCUACAUGACGUGGAAAAAAUGGAAGUUUACGUAAAAAAUGAAAAAAAACAGCUACUAGAUUUACAGAGAGAGGUUGGGUCGAGAUGCUUGGAGAAAGCCCACGUCAGUCUGACAACGUUACAGGAGUACGAGGAAUCCAUAAGGCUCGAAUGGAUUCAUCGGAAACAGCAUAUACAACGGGAAUUCGCAACAUUGAGGCAAGUGGUUGGGGAAACAGAAGACACCCUAAUUAAGGAUGGACAGAAGGACUUCGAUUCGAGAAUACGCCAUCUUAGUACAUUGAGGUGUACAUACGGUGAAGUGGUGGACAGAGAAGCGAGACUAGCUCAGAUAUCACUGGACAGCGUGAGUGGAACUCCAAAAUCACACUUCCUCAAGUCGGUUAAAAGCAUACAGGAAAAAUUAUCAAGAUUUCAACAAGAAACCGAAGCUAUCCCGACUGUCAAUUUAGCAGACGUGGCACCUUCAGCAACGCAUCUCAGUUUAUUCCCAGUCACCACAUACUUACAGCAACUGAAAUCGAAAUUGGGGAGUUCAACCAUACGCCCAUACCAAAGAGUGCUGUUCGUACCUGAAGCUGUCAUUCGGGCGCCUAUCACAACACAUGACCUGUGGAACAUUUCAGAUAAUUCACUCCAGUCUGUGAGCUUGGUGUACUCCAUAGAAAUAAAAGAAGGAUGCUGCAGUAAAGGUCAUCUUUGGAAGGGUAUGGUCAGUCCAGGUGGUAUUCUAUUUAAUGUAUCAGACAUGUGUUUCCUGGAUAGAUCCAGCAGAUAUCUGGUGAAGGUCACGCCUCACUUCCGGACAAUGACUGGCUUUGUGACAUAUGAAACAACACGUGGGAAACCUUGUCACAUCUUCAUCAUUACAGCUACGGACGCUAUGGAUGAAUCACCUGACCAGAUAAUCUUGUCACGGCUGCAGAUAGAUUUCACUAAUUUAUCACAGAGUUUCGAGGAGACACGCCUCGCAUUCAAAAAGCAUCAAUUGCGUUCAGCUGCUGACCGAAUGGUAUCUAAAUCAAAGGCUUACUACAGAAUUUCGAGACGACGCACCUCGCAUCUGAAACGGGACAACCACAGUAAGUUGCAGGUGGAAAAUCAUGCAACGCAAACCUCAACUCGUCGAUAUGAAAAACAUCGAAAAAAAAAAAGGAUUGAUUAACAGACAUCUGAAUAAAUAUGCAGCAUUGUGUUCACAAUGGGUUCCCUAAAAAGGAGUGACUAGUUUCUUUAAAAGGCAGCCGUCGUAAUUAAAAACAGAAACAGCGUCAUCAGUUUACAUGGAAGGAGGACAAUGAUGUGAUAGAUAUAUCGAGUGAUGAAUGUGUAUGAGUUUGGUUUAAGAAUUUAAGUCCUCAUUCAUCUUUCGACCCGCCCAUUCUCCAUUUCAGUAUUUGCUUGUUUUUGUCCGAAGAUCCGUCUUUGGCAGUAUACUCCAUUGAGUUAACACUAUAAAAUCCGCAUCACCUCCUCGCUAUCACAAAGAGACAAACACGAACAUACCACAGCCUCCCAAAACAUAAACACUCAUUAGUACUCUCAACACACGUAUGCACAAAAGGCAUCCUUUAAUGACCUUAGCUGUUGAUAGGACGUUAAACAAUACUAAUCAAACUGAACCUUCGACUCAGAGAUGUUGAUAUAAAAUCUUCUCCAUUUCACUUACUGACUUACAAAUAUGUUUAUAGCCAAAUUGGAGUGAAUUCUAUAAUAUAUCGGAUUUAAGAUGUUAGGGGUAAUAAUGGCAUAUUUUAAAUGAAUUUUGAAAAUAAGUGAUUUUGUUUUGCAAUGCGUCAAUAUUUGCACAUGUCUAUAAUGUGUACAGGGUGCUUCCAUAUUUUGCUCAAAACUGUCUAUACUUACAAAGCAGAACAGACGAGACAUAUAAUUACGUGUUUAAACUGAUUUCUUUGUAAUCUGGUGCCAUGACUUUCUAAAGUUGUUUUUCCCUGGGAAACAUUUUGAUCACACUAUUUAUGUAAAAUGUAUUGCCCUUUGUUUGUUUCUUGUACUUAAAUCUUUUCCGUAGACCUCCUAACUGAUUUCUUGGGAUUUAAACUCAUAUCAAACUAUUUUUAAAGAAUUGGAGAGUCGCUCCUGAUGACUUGUUAGAAAAUUAAACAUUGAUUUUGUAGUGAAUGAUCAUGUUGAUAGCGUGAUACCUAACCACUGAUAGUGAUGGUAAUCUUAUUUCAAUGCAAAAUAGUAAAUAUAUUUCACGUCUUUCAACGGACGUAUAAUGUUCCGUCUUGUUGUACUCUUAACGUUAGUAAUAUUCUCGAAAAUGUUUCAUGUUUUUAUUUCGUUCACACAUUCUUCUUAUCAAAGAAAUUGUAUGAAUCUAAUAGUUUAAUAUUCAUAACCACCGAUACAUUUCUUUGAGCUAUUGACGCUCAGGAUGCAGCUCAGGGUCCAGGGGCAAAGUCAUCACAAUGACAUCACCAAUAAUAUAACCUCUAAUAUAAAACUCUUUGCUGACGACACCUCCCUCUAUGUAAUAGUACAUGAUGAUAAUGACCUAGAUACACCUACUAAAAUGCUUAAUGAUGAUUGAGUUUCAAUCUCUGAAUGGGCUGAUAAAUGGCAAAUUCUCUUCAAUCCUAAUAAAACAAUAUCUAUGAAUUUCAGUCGUAGCUUGAACAUUGACCACCCUCAUCUUUUUUUUUAACAAUAACCCAAUUGUACAAAAUGAUAAUCACAACCACUUAGGUCUAACCUUUAAUAGUAAAGGUACGUGGGCGGAUCAUAUUUCUAAUAUUUGUCAUAAAGCUAACUCUAGGCUAAGUAUACUUCGUGUUCUAAAAAAUUUAGUUGAUAGGAAAACUUUAAAAACUUUAUAUACUUCAUAUAUACGACCAGUUUUAGAAUACUCUGAUGUUAUGUGGGACAAUUGUUCUCAAACUGAAUCUGACCUUCUUGAAUCUGUCCAACUUGAAGCUAUGCGCAUUUUAACAGGUCUCAGAAGAGGUACUUCUCAUCACAUUCUAUACACUGAAACCCAACUCGAGUCUUUAAGUACCAGAAGACGAAACCAUAAACCAAUGCUUAUGUUUAAAAUUAUUAAUAAUUACACUCCAUCAUAUCUUUUCAAUAUAAUACAACCAUUUCUAAAUGUAAACAAUAUAUAUACCUUCAGAAAUAACAGAGUCUUUAAUGUACCUCAAGCACUAACUAAUAGCUAUAUGAAAAGCUUCUUUCCAGCAACUAUGACUAUGUGGAAUGCACUUGAUAGUUCCCUAAGGGACUCUGUCUCAAUUUCUUCCUUUAAACGUAAACUAAAAACAACUAUUGAUAUUACUGUAUCUGAUUGUUUUUAUUAAUUCUGUUCCGAGAAAACUUAAUAUAAUCUUACGCCAGCUUAGAAAUUUUAAAAGUGAUCUUAAUUAUGAUAGGUUCCAAGAUCACCUGAUUGAUAAUGCUUCCUGUCCAUGUGGUGCUCCUAAAGAGGAUACAGUGCAUUUUUUCUUUCAAUGUUCUUUAUAUUCCAAUUCAAGACAUCAUAUUACAUCCAUUUAUAAUUUGUUAGGUUAUGUAAAUCUUCACUGUUUAGUAUCUGGUAUCAUCAAUGCACCUGAUCAUUUAAAUAAUUCUAUUCUUUAUCAUGUUAAUCUAUAUAUUAAAUCUUCAAAGCGUUUUUCUAUGUAUACAUGAUAAACUACAUGUAGUAAAAAUUCUGACGUCAUUAUGCAUAUAAAAUUUGCAGCAAGUUUCUUAUCCUUAUAUUUUGAUACUGUAACAUUAUACCAUUCUAGUACAAAUGUGUGAAUGAAUGUGUGAGUGAGUUCUUAGUGUGUACAUAUAUGUAUCUAUGUAUUACAUACUAGUUUUCAUUUUUGGGUCUGGCAUUGAUAUGUUAUGGUUCCACUUAACUAUUGACCAAUUCUAUUUUGGAGAAUUAUUCCAUUAGUUAUAAUUAUUUCUAUUUUGAUAUAACUAAUACUAUACUACCCUCUAUUCAGUAACCAAUAGUGCUUUUUCUAGCAAUAUAUCAUUAAUUUUAGUAUCUAAAUAUGGAACAUAACAUCUUUCUGCCAGGUCCAACCGGAAUAUCUUCAAAGGAAGACUUAUAUAGGCCUAGCCUGUUGUCUUAUUCUUUUGACAAUACGGUAUUUUAUAUGUGUAUUGUUAAUAAAAUAUUUUGAAAUUAAAGCCCCGACACAUAUAUCCCACACUCUCUUUAUUGGACAUAUUAGAGUUCUAUGCAUUGUAAAAUAACAAAUGAUUCUGAAAGUAUUUAGAUUUUGUUUUUAUUUUCCCAUAUUUUGUGUUAACCGUCGGAUGUCAAAAUCAAAUUUGUUUGUUUUACCUUUGGAAUUUCUUUCAAUUUCUCACGUAUAGAUGUAUCUUACAAAUUGUGUAUAUAUAAAUGCAUAAAUUUGGCAUCAAUAUUAAAGCCAUAGGGAAGCCAUAGGGAAGCUUCGUUACAUCAGGUUUAUCAUUUUGACUUGUUUCUGAUGCUGGUGGUUCUUAUAAGGUGAGUUUAAAUUUCUUCCAAAGAAACGUGUCUUCCCAUUUUAACCGACGGGAUUUUAGGUUUGAUUGGUUGCGUUCCUUGCCACGUAAUGACUAGUUAUAUCAAUUACUGUGUUUGAUUAGAACCAUAUCCCAUUAAACGAAUAUGAAUAACA